AUGAUAAUAAAGCCUCCACUCUCCUUUGCAACAAAUUCAAGGUACGCUUCACAUAGAUUCCUCCUUCCCUUUCCGCAACAAAAUCAUCGAGCCGCCGCGAGUUGCCCUAUUCUUCUCGCCCGCUUCUCCCGCGCCGCCGCCGCCGGCUCGUCGAAUCAGGAAGAUUUCGACGAUGUAGAGACCGUUUACCGCGUCAUUACGAGUGUAGCAUCACCCGAUGACCUUAGGCAAUCGCUGAAAUCGACCGGGGUUUUCCUCUCCAACGAUGUAAUCGACAAGGUUCUGAAGAAGUUCCGGUUUAGCCAUGGAAACCCUCUGCGCGCCCUUGAGUUCUUCAAGGUAACGGGGGACAGAAGAGGGUUUUAUCACUCUCCCUUUUCUCUGGACACCAUGCUUUACAUUCUCGGUAGGAGCCGCAAAUUCGAUCACAUUUGGGAUGUUUUGGUAGAGAUUAAGAAGAAGGAUAGGAACUUGAUAUCUCCACGGACUGUGCAGGUGGUGUUGGGUCGAAUCGCCAAGCUGUGUUCGGUAAGGAUGACGGUGGAGUCCUUUAGGAAGUUUAGGAAGUUGGUUCCUGAGUUUGAUACCACCUGUUUCAAUGCCCUGCUGAGAACUCUGUGUCAGGAGAAGAGCAUGACUGAUGCCAGGAAUGUCUACCACAGGUUGAAGACGGAGUUCAAGCCGAAUUUGCAGACCUUCAACAUACUUUUGUCCGGUUGGAAGUCUGCAGAGGAAGCGGAGUCGUUCUUCCGGGAAAUGGAGGAGAUGGGGGUGAAACCUGAUGUGGUUUCCUAUAAUUGUUUGAUUGAUGUGUACUGUAAGGGAAGAGAGAUGAAGAAGGCAUAUGAUAUGAUUGAAAAGAUGAGGAAUGAAGAUAUAUCGCCGGAUGUUAUAACGUAUACCAGCAUUAUUGGAGGGUUAGGGUUGAUCGGUCAGCCGGAUAAAGCCAGAGAUGUGCUGAAGGAGAUGAGGGAAUACGGUUGUUACCCAGAUGUUGCAGCUUAUAAUGCUGUUGUCCGGAACUACUGUAUUGCCAAGAGGCUUGGUGAUGCUUAUGACUUGUUGGAUGAAAUGGAGGCGAAGGAAUUGAAUCCUAAUUCCACCACUUACAAUUUGUUCUUCCGUGUAUUUUAUUGGUCGAACGACCUGCGUAGUUCGUGGAACUUGUAUCUGCGAAUGAUGGAUGCUUGUUGCUUGCCCAACACACAGUCAUGUAUGUUCCUGAUCAGGCUGUGUAGGAGGCACGAGAGGGUUGACUUGGCGCUGCAGCUGUGGGGGGAUAUGGUGGAUAAGAGUUUCGGGUCUUAUACUUUGGUAUCUGAUGUGCUGUUUGAUUUGCUUUGUGAUAUGGGGAAGUUGGUGGAAGCUGAGAAAUGUUUCAUGGAGAUGGUAGAGAAGGGACAGAAGCCGAGUCAUGUUUCAUUUAAGAGGAUCAAGGUGCUGAUGGAGUUAGCGAAGGACCACGAUGGGAUUCGGAACUUGUCCGAAAAAAUGGCUAUGUUCGAGCCCUCAGGUCAAGUUCCUCGAACAACAGAGAAAAUUGUGCAGAAUUCACAAGGAGGAAAUAUUCAGAGGAUAACAUACAUGGAGAGCACUUGA